CUUGUGCUUGUCCCGCACUCACCUUUGCUACGCUGGAGAGCGGAUCAAUGGCGUUCACUCUCCGCCUCGGGACAGCAUUUCUGGUGCUCCUCCUCUUCUCUUGUGCCGCAGAGGCGGGCGAGGUUGGUGUGAACUAUGGAAUGGUGGCGAACGACCUGCCGAACCCUGCGUCGGUGGUGCAGCUGCUCAAGCAGAACGGCAUCACCAUGGUGAAGAUAUAUGACGCCAACGCAACCGUGCUGACGUCGCUGGCCAACACGGGCAUCAAGGCGAUGGUGAUGAUGCCCAACCAGAACCUGGCCCACGCGGCCAGGGACCCGGUGUACGCGGCGCAGUGGGUGCAGGACAACGUGAAGAAGUACUUACCCAGGACGCAGAUCAACGCCGUCGCCGUCGGGAACGAGGUGUUCGACGACCCGAACGUGGACAAGAUGACCCUCGUCCCCGCCAUGAAGAACGUGCAGAAGGCGCUGGCGGAUCUGGGCCUCGCCAACGCCGUCAAGGUGUCCACGCCGAUCGCCUUCUCGGCCGUCAGGGAUUCGUUCCCGCCGUCCGGCUCCAGGUUCCGGGACGACAUCGCGCAGCCGGUGAUGAAGCCCAUGCUGCAGCUCCUGCAGCGGACCGGCUCGUUCCUCACCGUCAACAUCUACCCGUGCUUGACCCAGAUGCAGCAGCCGGACGACAUCCCCCUGGACUACGCCCUGGGGAACGCCCAGCACGCCGUGCUCGACGGCAGCAACAAGUACUACAGCCUCCUGGACGCCCAGCUCGACGCCACGCACUACGCCAUGGAGGCCCUCGGGUUCGGCAACGUGGAGGCCGUUCUCGGGGAGACCGGGUGCCCCAACAAAGGGAAGAUAGGAAAGCACAGACCACCCCGGCGUGGCGUCGGAAGCAGCAGGCGCCGUCUGUUGGAUGACGGAGGCUCAGAGCCUGAGGCCUCGGUCGCCAACGCCCGAGCGUACAACAACUACGUCAUCAACCGCGUGCUGUCCGGCAACACGGGCACCCCGCACCGCCCUCGCGCCGACAUGCACGUCUACAUCUUCGCGCUCUUCAACGAGAACAACAAGAGCGCCGAUCCGGACGACGUGGAGAACAACUUCGGCUUGUUCUACCCCAACAUGCAGAAGAUCUACGACUUCAACUUCCGCGGCGGCGGCGGCGGCGGCGGCCAACCGCCGGCAGGCCCGGCGGCGGCGAGCUGGUGCGUGGCGAACGCGGCCGUCGGGGACGACAGGCUGCAGCAGGCGCUGGACUACGCGUGCGGCCACGGGGCGGACUGCAGCGCCAUCCAGCCCAGCGGGUCGUGCUUCGAGCCGGACACCAAGCUCGCGCACGCCUCGUAUGCGUUCGACAGCUACUACCAGCGGAACGGCCGGGCCACCAGCGCGUGCGAUUUCAGCGGCGCGGCCUCCAUCGUCUACCAGGCACCAGCCGUCACUUGCAGCAGCGCGAAGCCAAGCUGGUGCGUCGCCAAGCCAGGGGCCGGGGGCGCACAGCUGCAGCAGGCGCUGGACUACGCGUGCGGCCACGGCGCGGACUGCAGCGCCAUCCAGUCCGGCGGCUCCUGCUUCCAGCCCGACACCGUGGCCGCGCACGCCUCGUACGCGUUCAACAGCUACUACCAGCGGAACGGCCGGGCUAGAGUGGCGUGCGACUUCUCCGGCGCCGGCUCUAUUGUUUACCAGCAACCCAGCUUCUGCGCCGCGACGGCAAGCUGGUGCGUGGCGAACCCGGGUGUCGGGGACGCGCGGCUGCAAACGGCGCUGGACUACGCGUGCGGCCAUGGCGCGGACUGCCGCGCCAUCCAGCCCGGGGGAGCGUGCUUCCAGCCGGACAACAAGGCCUCCCAUGCCUCGUACGCGUUCAACGGCUACUACCAGCGCAACAACCGGGCUAGAGUGGCGUGCGACUUCUCCGGCGCCGGCUCUAUUGUUUACCAGCAACCCAAGGUGGGAAACUGUGUGCUUCCAUCGAACGCCGGCUGAUCAACUCGAGAAACAAAACUACAUCACAUUUAGCUUGCUUGAGGCGACGAUAUGAAGAUGCUAACAUAUAUCUCGAUCAGUAUUUCUGGGAUGGGAAUAAAUUUUCCAUCGUUCUGCGUGGCAAACUAUUAUCUAAUAAAUUAUUAAUAAAAUCCUGCGCCUGCAAAUCGACUGUGCCGGGUGCUCCCUCCCCUCAAAUCUUUGCAAUAGUACGUGUAAUACCACAUGUCAACGUGUUGUCUUCACUGCUAAUAAUGCAUGCUAUUGGUACUUCUGUACAAUCUCUUGAUGAAAAAUAAUAUGAAAUAACCUUUAAGUCUCUA